CAGAUGCCAGACACCUUACAAACCACAUUUCCUCAAUUCAGUCGCCUGUAGCCAUACAACUUCCCCCCCCAAGGUCUCCAUGGAAGGGUUGCAGCAACCGAGCAUUUCUCCUUUGUGAGACGCGCAGAGAACUUAAGGCGGUCUUUCUAACGUCUACUGAGGGAACAUCGUGCUUGGAUUUAGACUUUCGCAGACGGUAGUAACACGAGCAGUGUUUGUAUGUAUGUAGACAUGGCAGGGCUGUGCACAUCCGGGCCACAGCACCGUGACUCCAUUAUUUUCUGUUCACUGUGAAACUGGCGUCAAGGGAAAACAAAAAGCAUCUUUAUAGCGCUCGACUCGUUGUAUUCUGUAUUCGUCAGCCUGGAGAAGAGAAGAGGACAUGUCUAACCAAGGAGUUAGAAGAAACGGACCCGUUAAGUUGCGUUUAACAGUCCUGUGCGCCAAAAACCUGGUGAAGAAAGACUUCUUCCGGCUGCCAGACCCCUUUGCUAAGGUGGUGGUGGAUGGUUCGGGCCAGUGUCACUCCACAGACACAGUGAGGAAUACUCUGGACCCCAAAUGGAACCAGCACUAUGACCUGUAUAUUGGGAAGUCAGACUCCAUCACCAUCAGCGUGUGGAAUCAUAAGAAGAUCCAUAAGAAGCAGGGGGCGGGAUUUCUCGGCUGCGUGCGACUCCUCUCCAACUCCAUUAACAGACUGAAAGACACAGGCUAUCAGCGUUUGGAUAUGAACAAGCUGGGGCCCAAUGACAGCGACACCGUGAGGGGACAGAUAGUUGUGAGUCUUCAGUCCAGAGACAGGAUAGGCAGCGGUGGGCCAGUCGUAGACUGUAGUCGUCUGUUUGACAAUGACUUGCCAGAUGGCUGGGAGGAGAGGAGAACGGCAUCUGGCCGGAUCCAGUAUCUGAAUCAUAUCACACGCAGUACCCAAUGGGAGAGACCGACCAGGCCUGCGUCAGAGUAUUCCAGCCCCGGCCGGCCGCUCAGCUGUCUGGUUGAUGAGAACACGCCCAUCAUGACACCCAACGGGGCGGCGGUUGUACCUACGGAUGACCCGCGGGUGCAAGAGAGAAGAGUUCGGUCGCAGAGACACAGAAACUACAUGAGCAGAACUCACCUGCACACACCGCCCGACCUCCCUGAGGGAUACGAGCAACGGACCACGCAGCAGGGCCAAGUCUAUUUCCUGCACACGCAGACGGGUGUCAGCACGUGGCAUGACCCCAGAGUGCCCAGGGAUCUAAGUAAUGUGAACUGUGAGGAGUUGGGUCCGUUGCCUCCAGGCUGGGAGAUCAGAAACACGGCCACCGGACGCGUCUACUUUGUGGACCACAACAACCGGACCACUCAGUUCACAGACCCCCGUCUCUCUGCCAACCUGCACCUAGUGCUCAACCCCAGUCCGAACGGUUCCCGCAGUGCCGUCGAAGCUCAGAGCAGCCGUCCCGGGCAGCUGAAGGAGCAGGCGCAGUCUGUCGUGACUCCCAGCAACCUCCACGAGGACCCCGAAUGUCUCACGGUGCCCAAGUAUAAACGAGACCUGGUGCAGAAACUGAAGAUCUUGAGACAGGAGCUGUCCCAGCAGCAGCCUCAGGCGGGACACUGCCGUAUCGAGGUCUCGCGAGAGGAGAUCUUUGAGGAAUCGUACCGCCAGGUGAUGAAGAUGAGGCCGAAGGACUUGUGGAAGAGGUUGAUGGUCAAGUUCAGAGGAGAGGAAGGUCUUGACUACGGAGGAGUCGCGAGGGAGUGGCUGUACUUGCUGUCGCACGAGAUGUUGAAUCCGUACUAUGGGCUGUUCCAGUAUUCAAGAGAUGACAUCUACACACUACAGAUCAACCCUGACUCAGCCGUCAAUCCGGAACACUUGUCGUAUUUCCACUUUGUGGGUCGGAUUAUGGGAAUGGCUGUUUUUCACGGUCAUUACAUCGAUGGAGGCUUCACUCUGCCCUUUUACAAGCAGUUGCUAGGGAAACCCAUCACCCUUGAUGAUAUGGAAUCAGUGGACCCGGACCUCCAUAACAGCCUCGUGUGGAUCCUAGACAAUGACAUCACUGGGGUGUUGGAUCACACGUUUUGUGUAGAACACAAUGCUUAUGGAGAGAUCAUUCAGCACGAGCUCAAACCCAACGGCAAGAGCAUCCCGGUUACCCAGGACACCAAAAAGGAAUAUGUCAGGUUGUACGUGAACUGGCGAUUCCUGAGGGGUAUUGAAGCUCAGUUUUUGGCCCUGCAGAAAGGAUUUAAUGAGGUCAUCCCUCAACACCUUCUCAAGGCGUUUGAUGAGAAAGAGCUGGAGCUCAUCGUGUGUGGCCUCGGUAAGAUCGACAUUAACGACUGGAAGUCAAACACGCGACUGAAGCAUUGCACGCCCGAGAGUAACAGCGUGAAGUGGUUUUGGCAGGCCGUGGAGUCGUACGACGAGGAACGGAGAGCCCGACUGCUUCAGUUCGUCACCGGUUCCUCCAGGGUGCCACUGCAAGGAUUCAAAGCCCUGCAGGGUGCGGCCGGGCCACGUCUCUUCACCAUCCACCAGAUUGAUGCCAGCACCAACAACUUGCCCAAAGCGCACACUUGCUUCAACCGAAUUGACAUUCCUCCAUACGAGAGCUACGACAAACUCUAUGACAAGCUGUUGACAGCCAUCGAGGAGACCUGCGGCUUCGCUGUGGAAUGAAAGUCGCUCACUAAUGUUCACAAAGCAAGCUUUCUUCCGGCGGGGCGCACCUGUCAAGCAGCCGUCGGAAGCGGAAGAGGAAGUCCAAACAGGAAGGCCUCAGGAAGGGUGGAUUACGGCGCAGCACUCUCCGCCUGAUGCUGCUAUAAAAAGUCUUUGAAAAGAAGAGAAGAAACGACUUAUCUUUUCAGCUGCUAGUAACUCUUUAACAUUUUACAUUUAUUUUAAGGAUCCUCCUCUUCCUGUUUUUGUUCAAACGUUGAUUUUUUUAGCAUUAAGACAAAAUAUAUUAACAGUAUUUCAUGUAGCAUUUGUACCAACUGACUUUAAGAGAGGCGAGGAGGAUGCAGACAGCGUUCCCUCAUAAGCUGAUGUAGAAGCACUACUGUCUUCACGCCAGACGCAAGGAAGACGCCGGUGUCAACAAAGGACCGCAAAUUCUGCCGUUUCGAACUUGAAGCUUUUCGUUUUACCUGCAAAACCGUUCUUGUUGUACAGGGUGUUGAUACUCAGCAUGCUGGUGCGCUAAGCGACUGUAGGAAUCUGCAAGAUGUAUUUCUUUACGAUCAGGGUCAUGUCAAUUUAAAGCCCCCCACUCUUUUGGGCUCGCCUACAUUAGAAGACAGAGUUUGUUUAAAAGUGAAUGAAUCAGCGAAUUCUUAUGUAGGCGGGUAGUCUAGCUUGAUUUUUAUUUGGCGUAAGAGGACGAGGUUAAAAGAAUAAAAGUAAACAGAUAUAAUAUAUUGACUUCAUCGCAGAGACUGUCCGAGAAGUGCAUUAAAAAAACACAGAUCCGAUGUUUGGUCCCUAAAGGUUGACAUUGGCUUGCUUUGAAUGUCAAAUUCCAAUUUUCCGUUUUUUUAAGAAAAGAAAUAAUUGUGCAGAAAAUCAUUUUAUGAUGUCGUCUUAUUGGUGUCAACUUUUUUUUACAAAUGGAAAAGUCUCAGAUGUCAACGAAACCCUUUAAAAUUUAAAGUACGAUGCAAAAGUAUGGGCAUGCCAAUGAGAUGUGAAAUUUCCAUUUCACACCGUCUCAUUUACGAUGUUACCAUUUUAUUUUCAUUUUUUUCUGGCCUGUUUUCAAGAAGACCUGCCAUAGAAGACGACAUCAAGGAAUCGUGGAAAUCAAGGGAGAGUGUUGUUUGUAUCACUUGUUAUUUUUGUAAUUUAUUAUUAAUCCAAUGUAGUAACAACUUUUUUCUACCAUGCAAAACUGUCACUGGCCUUCAGUGAGCGUUACAAAUGAACCGCGAGGUGGACAGCUGAACUGCAUUAAUAAACGAAUGCAGUUCUCUCUCUCUCUCUCUCUCUCUCUCUCUCCCCGUCCCC